AUGUUGAUUUCUGAUCAGAAAAAGGGUAAAGGCAACAACUCGAAAGUAUCGCUGGUGUACGGACAGAUGAACGAGCCUCCAGGUGCUCGAGCUCGUGUGUGCCUGACUGGUCUAACAGUCGCUGAAUACUUCCGUGACAAAGAAGGACAAGAUGUGCUACUGUUCAUCGACAACAUUUUCCGUUUCACCCAAGCCGGUUCGGAAGUGUCUGCUUUGCUAGGACGUAUUCCAUCUGCUGUAGGAUACCAGCCUACCUUGGCCACUGAUAUGGGUACCAUGCAGGAGCGUAUUACCACUACCACCAAGGGAUCGAUUACAUCAGUACAGGCUAUCUAUGUACCUGCUGAUGACUUGACCGAUCCUGCUCCGGCCACCACCUUCGCUCACUUGGAUGCCACCACUGUAUUGUCUCGAGGUAUCGCUGAAUUGGCCAUCUACCCCGCUGUCGAUCCCCUCGACUCUACCUCGCGUAUCAUGGACCCUAACAUCGUCGGACAGAGGCAUUACGAUAUUGCUCGUGGAGUACAGAAGAUUCUGCAAGACUACAAAUCUCUCCAAGAUAUCAUCGCUAUCUUGGGUAUGGACGAGUUGUCUGAAGAUGAUAAACUCACUGUAUCUCGCGCGCGUAAGAUCCAACGUUUCUUGUCUCAACCAUUCCAAGUUGCUGAAGUGUUCACUGGUCAUGCCGGAAAGUUCGUAUCAUUGGAAGAGACGAUCCGAGGAUUUGAAAUGAUCUUGAAGGGUUAG